UCAAGGAAAAAAAAGAAACUCAUCUUGUACACAUUAUUCUGUGUACACAAUCAUCUAUUAACAAAAAAAUACUAUUAAAGCUAAUUCAUUUUGUCAGAAUACCAUGAAAGUUUAUUCAUUCAGAUUUGAAAAUUGAAAUUCAUUAAGAUGAAAACAUUUUUUAUUGGUAUAAUUGGCAUUAUCAGUUUGCUCAUUUCACAAGAAUAUGGUUAUACGGUUGAUAUCAAUAUGAAUAAUCCAAAACAAAAGCAAUAUUUAAGAAGCAAACUUAAUUCACUUAAUGAAUAUUUACGGUCAAGGGAGAUUAACAAACAAUUUACCGAAGAUGAAUUCUACAAAAUAAUAUACGAUAGAAUAAACAAGCAUAUUGAAGACGAAAACACCGAUAUUCACAUAAUUGAAAAGACUGAUAAACAACCAAUUCAGAAAGAAGUCUCCAAACGUCCAGUGACAAAGCCAGUAAAUAAUGGAACGUCAGACAAGACUGAUAAACAACCAAUUCAGAAAGAAGUCUCCAAACGUCCAGUGACAAAGCCAGUAAAUAAUGGAACGUCAGACAAGACUGAUAAACAACCAAUUCAGAAGCCAGUAAAUAAUGGAACGUCAGACAAGACUGAUAAACAACCAAUUCAGAAGCCAGUAAAUAAUGGAACGUCAGACAAGACUGAUAAACAACCAAUUCAGAAGCCAGUAAAUAAUGGAACGUCAGACAAAUCACAUUCUAUAUCAGAUAUUUUCUUCUCCAAUAAGCCAACGGUUCCUUUAUGGAUUGUAAACCCCCUAUACUACAUAACCGAGAAGUUCAUACAAAUUCUGGCAUUUUUACUACAAGACGAUAAUGUUGUAGAACUUCAAAUGCCAACAUACUAUUACGAUACAUCAAUAUGAGAGUGCGUCUUCGUUGCAGUAUACUUAAUUCAACUCGUAACUAAAAACUUAAAUAAUUGGCAUAACAUAAUUUUAGUUUUAACAUUUGCAUAAAAUUAU